AUGAAUAUAGUAGAGCCAUUAGCAGAAAAUGCUGAAUGGGUUCACGAAAGUUCAGCCCAAGUACAAAUCAAAUUAUAUCAUGGUCAUACUGGUCCAGUUAAUUCCUGUCAAUUAGUUGAAAAUAAAAAUUUAAUUUUAACUGGAUCAAAUGAUAAUACGGCAAGACUAUGGGAAUUUAACACCGGAAAACAGUUAAAUGUUUACCAACUCGAUCAUCACAUGCCAAUUCCAUGUGUUAAAAUGAAUCAUGAUGCGAGCCGUUUAUAUUCAUGUUCUUGGGAUAAAACUUUAAAAUGCUUUGAUAUGGAGACAGCUAAGGAAAUUUGGAAAGGUACCCAUGAACAUAUUGUUACUUCAUGCAAUGUUUCACACACAGGUAAUAUGAUAUGUAGUGGAACAGACUUGGAUGGAAUAUUAACAAUAUGGGAUCCGAUAUCUGGCAAAGAAAUUACUACCGUUCCAAAAACUUUCUUAUUUGAAGACGUUCAUGAUUCAACGAUAACAAGUUGUCAAUUUAAUACUAAAGAUGAUCGUGUUAUAACAACAUCGGCGGACAAGACGACAAAAUUUUAUGAUUUAGUAUCGCGUCGUAUUACAAUAACGUUAAGAGGUCAUGAAAACGUCGUUUCGAGUUGUUCAUUUAAUAAACUCGAAAGACUUUAUGCAACUUGUUCAUGGGAUAAAACAAUUUUAUUAUGGGAUGCUGUGACGGGACCAAAUUCAUUACCAAAACUGCAUGAAGGUUCAAUUAGUUCCUGUUUCAUGUCAGAUGAUAGUAAAUUACUUGUCACUGGAAGUUAUGAUUUGCGAGUGGUGUUAUGGGACGUUGAAAAUAUGACCCAUAAACUCGUUCUUCGGGGUCAUAAAGAUUGGAUUAAUGAUGUAUGUUUAACAUCUGAUAAUAAGUGGAUUAUAUCCGUAUCAAACGAUUGUGACAUUCGUCUGUGGAAUAUUAAAGACGUUGAUAAAAUUAAACAAGUAGCAGAACAAUACAAAAAUAUGAACUCAAAAAUCGUUAAUUGUUCUCAUUGUGGCAAAAGUUUUUCAUCUACAAAACUUAAACGUAAUAAAACGGAUGCUAAUUCUAUAUUAUGUGUUUUUUGUCGAUUACAAACUCGUCAAUAUUUACAUAUUGAAUCUGAACGACAAAAUGAUUUACCAAUUUCAAAUGUGAAGCAAUCUCAAAUAUUAACCUCAAAUGAUAUAAACAACACUACUCAACAACAACAUGACGAGCUCCAUUAA